AUGAGCAAAUGUGAAGAAACAAGCAUUACAAUAGAUGAUAAUGCCGAGCACAAUGGAGUUAAAAAAGCAUUAAUAUCUGUAUCUCCUAAUAACCCCGAAGCGACGGUUUAUAAAUUAUCAGAUGAUGAAAAAGUAAAUGAAAUGAAAGUUAAUGAUGAUAAAUUU